AAAGGGGGAAAAGAAAGUGCGGCGGAAAGUAAGAGGCUCACUGGGGAAGACCGCCGGAAUCCGGGUCUCCGGGGUCCGCUUUGGCCAGAGGCGCGGAAAGAAGCAGUGCCCGGCGACACUGCACCCAUCCCGGCUGCUUUUGCUGCGCCCGCUCAGCUUCCCAAGAAAGGGCUUUGACCUGAAGGUUGAAAUUGAGUUUGGAGCAAUAAUGUGUCUCAUGGGGAAUUGCAUGGACUCCUUCACAUAAGCCAAAUGCUGAGGUAAAGCUGUGGCAUUGAGUCCUCCUCCAAGAAGGCAGAGAAGAUGAUGUCUUGUGACAUUUCCAGAUAACUGGCAUCGUCAUGUAGUCAUCACCUAAGAACUAGAACAUUAGCUGGCCCUAGAAGCCUCACUCUUGCCCCUCCCUUUAGUAUCUCAAAGGAUGACACUUCUGUGGUGUGUAGUGAGUCUCUACUUUUACGGAAUUCUGCAAAGUGAUGCCUCAGAACGCUGCGAUGACUGGGGACUAGAUACCAUGAGGCAAAUCCAAGUAUUUGAAGAUGAGCCAGCUCGCAUCAAGUGUCCGCUCUUUGAACACUUCUUGAAAUUUAACUACAGCACAGCCCAUUCAGCUGGCCUUACUCUGAUCUGGUACUGGACUAGGCAGGACCGGGACCUUGAGGAGCCGAUUAACUUCCGCCUCCCUGAGAACCGCAUUAGUAAGGAGAAAGAUGUGCUGUGGUUCCGGCCCACUCUCCUCAAUGACACUGGCAACUAUACCUGCAUGUUAAGGAACACCACAUAUUGCAGCAAAGUUGCAUUUCCCUUGGAAGUUGUUCAAAAAGACAGCUGUUUCAAUUCCCCCAUGAAACUCCCAGUGCAUAAAUUGUAUAUAGAAUAUGGCAUUCAGAGGAUCACUUGUCCAAAUGUAGAUGGAUAUUUUCCUUCCAGUGUCAAACCGACCAUCACUUGGUAUAUGGGCUGUUAUAAAAUACAGAAUUUUAAUAAUGUAAUACCCGAAGGUAUGAACUUGAGUUUCCUCAUUGCCUUUAUUUCAAAUAAUGGAAAUUACACAUGUGUUGUUACAUAUCCAGAAAAUGGACGUACGUUUCAUCUCACCAGGACUCUGACUGUAAAGGUAGUAGGCUCUCCAAAAAAUGCAGUGCCCCCUGUGAUCCAUUCACCUAAUGAUCAUGUGGUGUAUGAGAAAGAACCAGGAGAGGAGCUACUCAUCCCCUGUACAGUCUAUUUUAGUUUUCUGAUGGAUUCUCGCAAUGAGGUUUGGUGGACCAUUGAUGGAAAAAAACCUGAUGACAUCCCUAUUGAUGUCACCAUUAAUGAAAGUAUAAGUCACAGUAGAACGGAAGAUGAAACAAGAACUCAGAUUUUGAGCAUCAAGAAAGUUACCUCUGAGGAUCUCAAGCGCAGCUAUGUCUGUCAUGCUAGAAGUGCCAAAGGCGAAGUUGCCAAAGCAGCCACGGUGAAGCAGAAAGUGCCGGCUCCAAGAUACACAGUGGAACUGGCUUGUGGUUUUGGAGCCACAGUCCUGCUAGUGGUGAUUCUCAUUGUUGUUUACCAUGUUUACUGGCUGGAGAUGGUCCUUUUUUACCGGGCUCAUUUUGGAACAGAUGAAACCAUUUUAGAUGGGAAAGAGUAUGAUAUUUAUGUAUCCUAUGCAAGGAAUGCUGAAGAAGAAGAAUUUGUAUUACUGACCCUCCGUGGAGUUUUGGAGAAUGAAUUUGGAUACAAGCUAUGCAUCUUUGACCGAGACAGUCUGCCUGGGGGAAUUGUCACAGAUGAGACCUUGAGCUUCAUUCAGAAAAGCAGACGCCUCCUGGUUGUUCUAAGCCCCAACUACGUGCUCCAGGGAACCCAAGCCCUGCUGGAGCUCAAGGCUGGCCUAGAAAAUAUGGCCUCUCAGGGCAACAUCAACGUCAUUUUAGUGCAGUACAAAGCUGUGAAGGAAACGAAGGUGAAAGAGCUGAAGAGGGCUAAGACGGUGCUCACGGUCAUUAAAUGGAAAGGGGAAAAAUCCAAGUAUCCACAGGGCAGGUUCUGGAAGCAGCUGCAGGUGGCCAUGCCAGUGAAGAAAAGUCCCAGGCGGUCUAGCAGUGAUGAGCAGGGCCUCUCGUAUUCAUCUCUGAAAAAUGUAUGAAAGGAAUAAUGAAAAGGGUAAAAACAACAAGGGGUACUCCAGGAAGAAAGAGUCCCCCCAUUUCGCAGUUUAUGGUUUCUUAGGCAAAAACGAUGGUCUAAGCCUCCCACUAGGGAUAAAUUUAGGGUGACUGUGUGGCUGACUAUUCCGCUUCCUCAGGCAAUACUAAAGUUUAGAAUGAUAUUAUCAACGUUCUGUCACCAGUCUGUGAUGCCACUGUGUUCUUUGCAGGCAAAGACUUGUUCAAUGCGACUUUCCCCUUCUACAUUGUCUAUCCCUGUUUUUAUGUCUCUAUUCUUUUUAAAAUCCUAACAUAUGGAGCAGCCUUUCCUAUGAAUUUAAAUAUGCCUUUAAAAUAAGUCACUGUUGACAGGGUCAUGCGUUUCCGAGUAUAGUUUCCUUUUUAUCUUAUUUUUACUCGUCCGUUGAAAAGAUAAUCAAGGCCUGCAUUUGAGCUGAGGAUAAUGAACUUUUUUCCUCAUUCGGCUGUGUAAUACAUAACCACAGCAAGACUGACAUCCACUUAGGAUGAUACAAAGCAGUGUAACUGAAAAUGUUUCUUUUAAUUGAUUUAAAGGACUUGUCUUCUAUACCACCCUUGCCCUCAUCUCAGGUCAUUUGUGUAAUAUAUGUGAACUUGAAAAAUAUUUCUUAAUUCUUGUUUUUGCUCCAGUCAAUUCCUGAUUAUCUGCAGGUCAACCCACAUUUUUCAUUCCUUCUCCCUAUCUGCUUAUAUCGCAUUGGUCCUUUAGAGUUUGCAGGUGGCUUCACACUUGGUUGAGUCUGAAAGAAAACCCUUAAUGGUGCUAUAGAGAGGGAGGUGACAGAAAAACUCUCUUAGGGCAUUUUUCUGACUCAUGGAAAGAACACAGAAAAGGAUGUUUGGCAAUUUGUCUUUUCAGUCUUAAUCUUGCUAAUGUGAAUACUGGGAAAGCAGUUUUUUCUCAUUUGUUUUUGUUGCUCCAUUGUGAAGUGUGGAGGUCAGACUUAGUGACCUUGAGAGUCACUUUUGGCAUUAAUAUUCUAGGAGAAUUAACUGUAUAUCCUGUCAUCUACUCACUAGUGCAGGAAAUAUGCUUGCUCCAAAUAAGUCAGUAUGAAAAGCCACUGUCAAUGAAAGUUGUUUUGUUUGUUUUCAGUCAUAUUUUGCUGUUUUUAAGACUUGGAAAACUAAGUGCAGAGUUUACAGAGUGGUAAAUAUCUAUGUUACAUGUAGAUUAUACAUAUAUAUACACACAUGUGUAUAUGAGAUAUAUAUCUUAUAUCUCUACAAACACAAAUUAUAUAUAUAUGCAUAUCCACACACAUACAUUACAUAUAUCUGUGUAUAUAAAUCCACAUGCACAUGAAAUAUAUAUAUACAUAUAUAUAAUUUGUGUGUGUGUAUGUGUGUAUGUGUAUGUAUAUGACUUUAAAUAGCUAUGGGUACAAUAUUAAAAGCCACUGGAACUCUUGUCCAGUUUUUAAAUUAUGUUUUCACUACAAUGUUUUGGUGUCAGUGUUUUCUGUACAUAUUAUUUGUUAAUUCACAGCUCACAGAGUGGUAGUUGUCAUAGUUCUUGCCUUCCCUAAGUUUAUAUGAAUAACUUAACUAUUGCUACAGUUUUUCUGGGUUGCAGUGGAAUUUGCUGUGCACAGAGCCUCCAUGGUCACUGCUAAGCAGUAGCCGGCCAUCGGGCAUUAAUUGAUUUCCUACUCCAUUCCCAGCAGACACAUUUAGAAACUAAGCUAUGUUCAUCUCAGUGCUCAACUAUUUGAACUGUUGAGUGAUAGAGGAAACAAAUAUAACUGUAAAUGAGUCUUGGUAUCCUGUGAAACACAAUAAUUCAUAAUUUAAGAAAGCCCUUAUCCCAGUAGCAUGAAUGUUGAUGAACGAAUGUAAAAUUAUAUCCUAUAUUUAAGUGCCCUUCAUCACUAUUGAAGUUCGUAAUAAAUCAUUUCCCUAUAUAAGUGUUAUUGAUUAUUUUAAAUUGAAAAAAGUUUCACUUGGAUGAAAAAAGUAGAAAAGUAGGUCAUUCUUGGAUCUACUUUUUUUAGCCUUAUUAAUAUUUUUCCUUAUUAGAAACCAUAAUUACUCCCUCUAUUAACCCUUCACUUACUAGACCAGAAAAGAGCUUAUUCCAGAUCAGCUUUGAAUAUCAAUUCUUACAUAAGCUUUAGGCAAACAGGGAAUAGUCUAGUCACCAAAGGACGAUUCUCUUGCCAAUGCUGCAUUCCUUUUGCACUUUUGGUUUCCAUAUUUAUCCCAAAUGCUGUUGGGCACCUCUAGAAAUGCCUUGAUGUGUUUUCUAUUUAUAUUCCUGCCUUUGGUACUUAAUUUUACAAAUGCUGUAAUAUAAAGCAUAUCAAGUUUAAGUGAUAUGUAUCAUUGCAAGAGAAUUUGUUUCAAGAUUUUUUUUAAUGUUCCAGAAGAUGGCCAAUAGAGAACAUUUGAGGGAAAUGGGGAAACAUACUUGUAAUUUAGAGAACAAGAACAAACCAUGUCUCACAUUUUUUAAAAAAAACUUAAUAGUUUUCAAUAGAUGCUAUAAGGACCUUCCAUGCCCAGGUUAACAAAGAACUGUGAUAUGUAGAGUAUCUAAUUACAAAAUCAUACAACAUUUGUUUAAUUCUCUUCUGUAUUGUAACUUAGAUGAUUCCCAAGGAUUCUAAUAAAAAAAUCACUCCAUUGUAUUGGGAAACAAAAACAUCAUUCGUUAAUUACUUAUUUUCUUUCCAUAGGUUUUAAUAUUUUGAGAGUGUCUUUUUUAUUUCAUUCAUGAACUUUUGUAUUUUUCAUUUUUCAUUUGAUUUGUAAAUUUACUUAUGUUAAAAAUAAACCAUUUAUUUUCAGCUUUGAAUUUUA